AUGGUUGCGGGAAGGAAUGAUGACGCUAUUGCAGAAGCAUUGAUAAGGUUAGCUGGUGCCAUUGGGCAAGCGCCGCAUGCGAAUGCUGGUAAUGGAGAAAAGAAUAAAUUUCCGCCGAUCUUUAAGGGAGAGCAUGAACCUGAAAAGGCACAAGCAUGGUUGAAAGAUAUCAAAAAAAUCUUUCGAGUCAUGAAUUUUACUGAUGUGCAGAAGGUGCGGUUUUGCACUCACAUGCUAGAGAAGGAAGCUGAGGAUUGGUGGAGUAAUACUAUACAUAGAUUUGAUGAGGAAUGCAUGAAAGUUUCUUGGGCUCUUUUCCGUGAUGCAUUUUUGGAAAACUAUUUUCCGGAAGAUGUGCGCGGAAAGAAAGAGGUGGAAUUUCUAGAAUUGAAGCAAGGAAAUGGAACAGUGGUGGAGUAUGCUGCAAGAUUCCAAGAGUUGAUCAAGUAUUGUCCUUAUUACACUACUAUGAAUGCGGAGAGGUCUAAGUUCUUGAAGUUUGUAAAUGGUUUAAGGCAUGAUAUCAAGAAGGCCAUUGGUUACGAAUAG